CACACGUAUUAGUCAGUGUUUGUUGCAUUCAGUGUUUGCGAGGUUGUGUUUUUAAUAAUAAUUAAUUGUGUUAACAUUUUACAUGUUACUGCAGAGGAUAACAGCAGUGUUCAGGGAAGUACAAUGAAGCGCUUCCAAUUUGUGAUCAUAUUUCUGAUCACAUUAUUAACAACUAUAAGUGCCCAAAGUAAUUAUUAUGAUGAGCUUGAAUAUCAAUGCCCGCAGCAUUGGAUCAGAUUUCAAGAAUCAUGUUAUCGUUUUAUAAAGAGUCCAAUAAGAGUAAGGGAUGAUGCGAGAAAAAAUUGUCAAGCCUAUCAAAGUGAUUUAGUGGCAAUUAAUUCAUUGGAUGAACAUGGAUUUUUAUUGCACAAUUUACAGAGGAAUGAUCCUCAACAUCGUAAAUGGUACACUGGUGUGAGAUUUCAAGGUGGUUAUUGGACAAAUGAACCUGAUAAUUCACAAUUGAUUAAUAUGGAAAAUGCUUUUUUACCUGAACCACACGAUGCGGUUUAUGGUAGGGAUUAUCUUGUUUAUGCCUUCAGUAAUGGAUUAAAACGUUGGGGAUUUGAGAAAGUCACUGGAUUCGAUGAAUUACUUUAUAUUUGUGAAUCACCAAUAUCAGUACUUCAUAAUUUAGUGGAAGAUGAUCGUACAUAUCAGUACGGUAUUUAUAUCGAUAAUCCACUGAAAAUACCAAGAGGACCGUAUUUUAUUAAACAGCCAGUGAAUACAGUUUUUGAUUUUUCAAAAGAGAAAAUUAAUAACGAUAUUUCAUUGAGUUGUUUGGCUGGUGGAUAUCCUGCUCCAAGUUACGAAUGGUUUAAAGAACAUUACGAUAAUGAUAGACUAGUUUCUGAUAAAAUUGAUCCAUUAUCAAAUGGUCGCUACACUGUCAGUGGUGGUUUAUUGAUUAUUUUCAGUCCAAAUCAGACUUGGGAUCGUGGUUCAUAUCAUUGUCGAGCGACGAAUGAAUUUGGUUCGAUUCGCUCAGAGAGUGUUGAACUUUCCUUUGGCUAUAUAAUGGAAUUUAAUUUAAAGCGACCAGAUGAACGUGGCGAUCAACAUUGGGGAAAAGCUGUUUAUUGUGAUCCACCACAACAUUUUCCCGAUGUCAAAUAUUAUUGGGCUCGUGAUUAUUUUCCAAAUUUUGUCGAUGAAGAUCAACGUGUUUUUGUAUCGAACGAUGGAGCACUUUAUUUUUCAGCUCUCGAACAAAUAGAUCAUGGAAAAUAUUCUUGUAAUGUUCAAAGUACAGCAUCUGAUAAUGGACGAAAUGGUCCAUUCUUUCCAUUGAAAGUCGAUUCUCAUGCCACCUUUCAAGAAUUAAAAUUCCCGAAUAGUUUUCCAAAAGUUUUUCCCGAUGCACCAACAGCUGGCGAGGAAGUUAGAUUUGAAUGUGUUGCAUUCGGAUAUCCAGUGCCUUCUUAUAAUUGGACAAGGAGAAAUGGCGAUAUACCAAGAACGGCGAGAUGGUCGCAUUAUAAUCGUGUUUUGAUAAUACCACACGUGAGCGUUGAAGAUCAGGGAGAAUAUGUUUGUCGUGCAACAAAUGGACGUUUAUCGAUACAUCAUUCGGUGAUGUUGUCAAUUCAAGCGGCGCCAAAUUUUACAAUACCACUCACUGAUAAGCAUGUAGAUUUUCAAGGUGAUUUAACAUGGACGUGUGAAGCUUUUGGAAUUCCUGAUGUCGCUUACAAAUGGUAUAGAAAUGGUGAGGUAUUGAAUGAAUAUACUUUACCACUUGAGGAUAGAGAACGCUAUUCGUUUCGUGAUAAUGUUUUGAAAAUAACACGAGUUGAUCCUGAACGAGAUCAAGCUAUGUAUCAAUGCGCUGCGACAAAUCAAUUGAAGACAAAAUAUUCCUCUGCACAGUUACGAGUUCUUUCUUUAAAACCGUCGUUUAAAAAAUUGCCAAUGGAAUCGGAGACUUAUUCAUCGGAGGGUGGAAACGUGACGAUUGUUUGUAAUCCCGAAGCAGCGCCACGACCAUCGUUUGUUUGGAAGAAAGAUGGAAAUGUCAUUGGACCUGGAGGAAGGCGGAGAAUUUUACAAAAUGGAAAUUUGAUAAUUAGUCCAGUUUCACGUGACGAUGAAGGAAUGUAUAUUUGUAUUGCGUCGAAUCAAUAUGGAAGUGACGAAACUCGAGGACGAUUAAUUGUCUUACGUGGGCCGAGAUUUAUAAAAAUGUUACCACCGCGUUUAGUGACAGCCGUUGGAUGGAAUAAUACUCUACAUUGUCGUGCCGAUAUUGAUGAAAUGUUGGAUGUGGCUUAUAUUUGGAUGCACAAUCAAAUGCGAAUUAGAGAUAAAGAUUUAAUGAGUAAUCCACAUAUUGUAAUUGAAGGAGGAGUUUUGGAUAUUAUUAAUGCAACGAUGGCUGAAGCUGGUGAAUACCAGUGUAUUGUAAAGAGUGCAGUAAGCCGAAUUUCGAGUAGAACGAUCGUUUUUGUUGAAGGUCCACCUGGACCACCUGGUGGUGUACAAGUUGUGAAUAUUGUAAAAUCUUCGGUUUCACUUCGUUGGACUGAUGGAGCUUUCAAUGGAAAGGAAAUUUUAAUGUAUACCGUUAGCGCAAGGACGAAUUAUAAUCAAACAUGGUUCAAUAUAAGCGAAAAUAUUCGAGCCAGUAUCGCUGAUAGACACAAUGGACGUAAAGAAGCAUUCCUCGAAAAUGUGUUAAAUCCUUUUACGACUUAUGAAUUUCGUGUGGCGGCUUACAAUGAACUUGGUUAUGGUCCUCCGUCGGCACCAACUCCACAGCACAGUACAUCAGCUGAUAAACCAUUAAAAGUGCCCAGUUACGUUGGUGGAGGUGGAGGAAAAAUUGGCGAGCUCACCAUCAAAUGGGAGCCAUUACCAGCCGCCGAUCAAAAUGGACCGGGAAUUUAUUAUAAAAUCUUUUGGCGUCGUAAGAAUCAUGACACUGAAUUUCAAUCAAAUGAUCUUCGUGAAUUUGGUAAUAUUGGAAUAUUUGUCGCUUCAAUUCCAUCGCAAUUCUUCUACACUGAAUAUGAAGUUAAAAUACAAUCAUUCAAUGAAAUUGGCGCUGGUCCAAUAUCUGAGCCAGUUACGAUAUUCAGCGCUGAAGAUAUGCCACAAGUUGCACCGCAACAAGUGUUUGCUGUUGGUUAUAAUAGUACUGCUCUCAAUGUUAGUUGGUCGCCAAUUGAACAGACACGCGAAAGAAUUCGCGGUAAAUUAAUUGGACAUAGAAUUAAAUAUUGGCUUGAAUUAAAACCCGAGGAGACGGCAACUUAUUAUUUGUCACGUACAACAAGACCAUGGUCAUUGGUUGUUGGUCUUAAGCCGGAUACACGUUAUUUUGUUAAAGUAAUGGCUUAUAAUUCAGCUGGUGAAGGACCGGAGAGUGAACGAUUUUUGGAAAGAACAUGGAGACGUGCACCACAAAAACCACCAUCGGCUGUUCAUGUUACCGAUGUUAAUCCAUCGACUGUACGUGUUACUUGGCGUUAUGUUCAACCAGGUCCCGAUGAAGAGCCAUUGAUUGGAUAUAAAGUUCGAGUUUGGGAAGUUGAUCAAGAUAUGAGUAGAGCAAAUGAUACAAUUAUUUUAACGGGCAAUGAUCUCGAGGCACGAAUUACAAAUUUAAAUCCUGGCAAAACUUAUCAUUUGCGAGUUUUGGGUUACAGUUUGGGAGGCGAUGGUCGUAUGUCAAGUCCCGCACAUACUUUCCAAAUGGGUGAUAAGGAAUUAUUUAGAAGUAGUGCAGCUAAAAAAAUGCUCGACAGUGCAUUGAUAUUAGCUCUCAUAUUUCUAAUAACUUCGUUUCAAUUUCGGUAAGUUUUUUUUUUUUAGUUUCGUGCAAUUAUUUGCGAUAGAACAAAAAAUUUAAUUUUUGAAUAUUUUUAUUCAUAAAAACUAAAUACCAAGGAAAAUUGGUAUUUUUAAUGAAACCUUUUUU